AUGAAUGGAGUUUGCGAGGUGGAAACCAGCUUAGGACCUCUGGAGCUCCUCGAUACCCUCCAAUCGAUUGAGAUCGGCCUGGGAAGGAAGAAGCUGAUCGACAAGGGCCCCCGGUCUAUCGAUCUUGAUAUCCUCCUCUACGAUGAUCAUAUCUUCUCCCACGACCGCCUCAACAUCCCUCACCAGCUAAUGCUUGAACGGGAUUUCGUUCUACGACCUCUCUGCCAACUCAUUCCUCACGAACGACCUCCAUUCCCAGGACACAGCACAACCUAUCUCUCCCAUCUCAAAUCUCUCCCUCCACCAGACCCAACCCCCCAUGCCACAACCUACAUAUCCAAGAACUUUCCCCCACUGCACUCCACCAAACCCAACCGCCCAACCCACAUUAUGGCCAUCCUAAACCUAACCCCCGACUCCUUCUCCGACGGGGGUAAACACUCCCCAACAGACCUAACUAGCCUAACCAACACUGUCCGCAACUUCAUCGCCUCCGGCGCAACAAUCAUCGACAUCGGCGGCGAAAGCACCCGCCCAGGCUCCGUCCCCGUCGGCGAAGCCGAAGAACUAGCCCGGGUCAUUCCCGCCAUCCGACACAUCCGCAGCUCGAUCCCCGAAGCCGCCAACAUCGCCAUCAGCAUCGACACAUACCGCGCGCGCGUCGCUGAGGAAGCCUGCGCCGCGGGCGCAGACAUCAUCAACGACGUCUCCGCCGGCCUCCUGGACCCAGCCAUGCUCCCUACAAUGGCGCGCACCGGUAAAUCCGUCAUCCUCAUGCACAUGCGCGGCACGCCAUCCACAAUGACCCAGCUCACGGACUACCCCAACGGCGUGAUCCAGGACGUGAGCGCUGAGCUCCUCGAGCGUAUCGCCGCCGCCGAAGCAGCGGGUAUCCGCCGUUGGCGAAUGAUCCUCGACCCCGGGCUUGGGUUCGCGAAGAACCAGCCCCACGAUCUGACUAUUCUUCGUGAUCUGCAGCAAUUCCGCACGGGCGUCCAGGGGCUAGAGAACUUUCCAUGGUUGAUGGGACCCAGCCGGAAGAGGUUUAUUGGGAGGCUUACUGGUGUUGAGAAGGCCAGUGAGCGGAACUGGGGUACGGCUGCUACUGUUACGGCUAGUGUUGCUGGUGGGGCGGAUAUUGUUCGCGUUCAUGAUGUUAAGGAGAUGUGGCAGGUGGCUAAGGUUGCGGAUGCUAUUUACCGGGUGGAUGAGUAG